AUGAGGGGCUUAGGGAGCCAAGCCCUGGGUGGUUCUGGGUGUGGAGGGCCCCUGGAAACAGAAGAAAUCUUGGCUGAUGUGCUCAAGGUGGAAGUCUUCAGACAGACAGUGGCUGACCAGGUGCUAGUAGGAAGCUACUGUGUCUUCAGCAAUCAGGGAGGACUGGUACAUCCCAAGACUUCAAUUGAAGACCAAGAUGAGCUGUCUUCUCUUCUUCAGGUCCCCCUUGUGGCAGGCACUGUGAACCGAGGCAGCGAGGUAAUUGCCGCCGGGAUGGUGGUGAAUGACUGGUGUGCCUUCUGUGGCCUGGACACAACCAGCACAGAGCUGUCAGUGGUGGAGAGUGUCUUCAAGCUGAAUGAAGCCCAGCCUAGCACCAUUGCGACCAGCAUGCGGGAUUCCCUCAUUGACAGCCUCACCUGAGUUACCUUCCAUUGCUGUUCUGCGGGUUCCUGCCUCUGGACUUUGGCUCCCUCUGCCCCACCCAGCCAGGCAGCCAGUUGGCAGAGAACUGACUGGGAGUGAGUGGCUGAAUGCCCAGCUCUUCACCUGUGCCCAUCUCCUGAAUCUACAGUUACUUCAAACAUCUGCCAUGUUGUGCUGUCUGUCAGGCCUUAACGGCUCCUGACUGACCACUCUCUUUCCUGUACCACCCCCAUUAAAAGGCAGCCUGGCUA